AGCACUAGUCGUUAGUGUUUCUCAAACAUUUCUUGUAAUUCGAAGAAAAAAAUAUUAAAUAGUGAUGACAGGAAUAAAAAAUAGUAGAAAUAUAGUAUUGUUGUUAGGGUUAUUAGUGGUGAGUAUUGGGAAUGUGGCAUCUCAAGAUUAUGGAGAUGCACUCACCAAAUGUAUUUUGUUUCUUGAAGGGCAGAGAUCGGGGAAAUUGCCUGCUACUCAAAGGAUGAGUUGGAGGAAGGAUUCUGCUCUCUAUGAUGGCUCUGAUGUUAAAAUGGACUUGAGUGGGGGUUACUAUGAUGCUGGGGACAACAUAAAGUUCAAUUUCCCAAUGGCAUUCACAACAACUCUCUUAGCUUGGAGUGUCUUAGAAUUUGGCCCGCUUAUGGGCACAGACACGAGCCAUGCAGUGGACGCCGUCAGGUGGGGCACAGACUAUUUUCUUAAAGCCACGAGCACUCCUGGUUCAGUCGUGGCUCAAGUUGGUGAACCCAUCAAUGACCACAAUUGCUGGGAAAGACCUGAAGACAUGGACACACAGAGAACAACUUACGUUGUUAAUCAAACUCAUCCUGGUUCGGAACUUUCAGCUGAGAUUGCUGCUGCAUUGACUGCCUCUUCCUUGGUUUUUAAGAGCAUUGAUAGUGCAUAUUCUAAAACCCUUCUCGACAGAGCAACAGCUGUCUUUGAGUUUGCUGACAAGUAUCAAGGAUCUUACAACAACAGUGUUGGCAAGGGGGUGUGCCCGUUUUAUUGCGAUUUUAAUGGUUAUCAGGAUGAAUUAGUAUGGGGAGCAUCAUGGUUAUACAAGGCAACUAAUGAUAACAAAUAUUGGAGCUAUAUCCAAAACAGAACUCUCGCCAUGAAAUCCAAUGAUAAUUUGAAUUCCAUGGACAACUUUGAUGAAUUUGGAUGGGAUUCGAAACACGCUGGCAUUAACAUACUCGUUUCUCCGUUGGUGGGUGGUAAACCUAGUCAAAAUAGCUUCAUUUCAGAUGCAGAUAGAUUUGUAUGUUCUAUAUUGCCUGAUUCGCCUUCUAAACUUGUUACAUACUCUGCAGGUGGGCUUUUAUUUAAAGCUGGACCAAGCAAUUUACAGCAUGUGACUGCUUUGUCCUUUCUUCUUCUUGUUUACUCUCGUUAUUUGGAACAAAGUAAAAGAGAAGUUAAAUGUGGCAAUGUUGUUGCCACUCCAGCUAGGCUUGCCACCGUUGCUAAAGGCCAGGUGGACUACAUUCUUGGAAAGAAUCCAUUAGGGAUGUCAUACAUGGUGGGAUAUGGCAACAAAUUCCCACGAAAGAUUCAUCACCGUGGCUCGAGCUUGCCUUCAAUUCAGAGUCACCCGAACCAUAUUGCCUGCAAAGAAGGAACCCCAUACUAUGAAAGCAAAUAUCCAAAUCCAAAUGUGCUAGUAGGGGCUAUCGUCGGAGGACCCGAUAACAAUGAUCAAUACGUUGAUGGUCGUUUUAAUGUCUCUCAAUCUGAACCAACUACUUAUAUGAAUGCUCCUUUUAUAGGACUCUUGGCCUACUUCAAAGCACACCCAUCCAUCUAGAUUAAUGUAUUCAUAAGUCUAAAUAUUCUUGAUUCAUUCAUGAAUAAUCAGAUUUUUAAUUCCUUUUUAUUAGUACAUUGCAAUCUCAAUAAAAUGAUAGGUAUUUGAUAAGCUAAUAAUUUUUAUCAAUCAACAUUUCUUUUGUGUAUUUUUAUAAUUCUGCAGAUAAAUUAAAG